AUGGCCGCUAAAUCGGAUGGGGUGCUGAAAAUGAAAAAGAGCGAUGUAGCAUUUACGCCUUUGCAGAAUUCGGAUCACUCGGGAUCAGUACAAGGGCUGGCUCCAGGAUCACAGCCGGAUUCUGGAACCAUAGAGGCGGACUUCGUCAAUGGGGAGUCGCGUUGCUGUGGCUCUAAUUCGACAUGUCUACGUUUAGGCAGGGAACAGCAAAAAUAUACGGUGUGGGACUGUCUAUGGAUUCUCGCUGCAGUGGCCGUGUAUUUUGCCGAUGUAGGCACCGAUGUUUGGCUUUCUGUCGACUAUUACCUCCGUGGCGAUUACUGGUGGUUCGGGCUAACAUUAUUUUUCGUGGUGCUCGGCUCGUUCUCCGUUCAGGUCUUCAGUUUUAGAUGGUUCGUCCACGAUUUCAGCACCGAGGAGAGUUCUACCGGCGGCGGUGCGGCAGGCUGCUCUCACAUGGAUGGGAAGCUGUUGAGCUGCUCCGCUUCACACGGAGACGUAGGAGCCCACCCUUCCACACCUCAAAGGCAGGCAUCUACAGCCAGCAAAAGCAACACCACUACUAAUAGCAGCAACAGCAGUACCGCAGCCCGGACUAAUAAGAAACGUUCGGCUUCCUGCUCCUUCUGUAUUUGGUUAUUGCAAUCCAUCAUUCAUAUCUUGCAGCUGGGGCAAAUCUGGAGGUAUUUUCACACCAUCUACCUGGGCGUGCGGAGCAGGCAGAGUGGGGAGAACGACCGUUGGAGGUUCUACUGGAGGAUGGUUUACGAGUACGCUGAUGUCAGCAUGCUUCAUCUGCUGGCCACUUUUCUGGAGAGCGCCCCCCAGCUGGUCCUCCAGCUCUGCAUCAUCAUUCAGACUCACAAACUACAGGCUGUUCAAGGAAUGACCGCAGCUGCAUCGCUGGUGUCUUUGGCGUGGGCUCUAGCGUCCUAUCAGAAAGCUUUGCGGGAUUCCCGCGACGACAAGAAGCCAAUCAGCUACAUCGCCGUCAUCAUUCAGUUCUGCUGGCACUUCUUCACCAUCGCAGCCCGGGUCGUGACCUUCGCCCUCUUCGCCUCUGUGUUCCAACUGUAUUUCGGGAUCUUUAUCGUGCUUCACUGGUGCAUCAUGACCUUCUGGAUUGUUCACUGCGAGACGGAGUUCUGCAUCACCAAGUGGGAGGAGAUCGUCUUCGACAUGGUGGUCGGAAUCAUCUACAUCUUCAGCUGGUUCAAUGUGAAGGAGGGUCGCACGCGCUGCCGCCUCUUCAUCUACUAUUUCGUGAUCCUGUUGGAGAACACGGCGCUGAGCACCCUGUGGUACCUUUACCGUUUGCCUAAAACGACCGACGCGUUCGCCGUUCCCGCGCUCUGCGUCAUCUUCUCCAGUUUCCUCACCGGAAUCGUCUUCAUGCUCAUGUACUACGCUUUCUUCCACCCCAACGGCCCUCGCUUCGGACGUUCCCCCAGCCUCGCGCUCGACGACCCCACGGCCACCUUCGCCCUGCCGCCGGAGGGCGCCACCAACUCCCUGCGCUCCAACCGCGGCCAGCCGCUGACGUCCACGGCGGAACGAGAGGCCAAGUACAGCGAGAGGGACGGCUGCGCGCCCGUCUUUCAGGUGCGGCCGACCGCCCCCUCCACGCCCUCUUCCCGCGCCCCUCGCCUGGAGGAGACGGUGAUUAAAAUAGACCUUUGCCGGAACCGUUACCCGGCCUGGGAGAGACACGUUCUGGACAGGAGUAUACGCAAGGCUAUUCUAGCCAUCGAGUCCUCCCCGAACCCGCCCCGUCUGCAGUACAAAGACGACACGCUGGUGCAGGAGCGCCUGGAGUACGAGACGACGUUGUAG